GCCGAGUCUCGGAGCGAAGCGACGCUCAGCAGCAGCAGCAGAAGAAGAAGAAGAAGAAGAGGAGGAGGAGGAGGAGGAGGAGCUGCGGCAGGAGGAGAGACGAGAACAUCCCAAAGUUUCAGGCUGCAGCUGUUCGGACGCAGCGGACUAAACAUCUGGAGCAGGUGCUAAAAAUACCAGGAAGAUGCUCGUGUUUGGGUCUGUGACUCCGUGUGCGGAUCGAGGAAUCACCUGUGCCCAGCGUGACGUGCAGGUGGCUCAGCUUUAACCAGGAACAUCUGAGGACACUAAGCGUGCUGAGAUCUGCUGAAGACUCCUGGAACAGCCCCACCAACAGAUCCUGCAUUCAGAUGAAGCCACUUUUUCACUCGUGACUGACAACCCAACGUAGCUGACAGACAGACACAUCUUCUCACGGCGUUUUUCUACUUCUUCUUGCUUCUCCGCUUGUCAGGAGAGGCGGUUUUUUGAAGCGAUCAACCCGACUGAAAAACGGCGGAAGAGACUUAUUUGUGCGUCUGACAGCUCUGACCCAUUUAUCACGCUCCGACAGGAACAACUUUGCAUUUUAGCAGGUGGCAAACAGGGAAAAAAAAAGGUUAUUCACUGUUUUAUAUUCAGAGUUCAUCGAUCGACUCGCCUCCACGUCUAAUUAGCCACAUGCAAACACACACACACACACACACACACACACCUGGUUUGCUGGCCUCUGCAGAUGCUUUAAAUAGUGUUUGCCUCUCAGUUCAGUGACACAAACACUAACACGGCUGCACCGCUGGGUGCUAGAAGUCCAUCUGCACAAUAUUAGCUCCCUCAGAGAACACUGACCUUGACAGUGUUCGGAGACGGCGUGUGUGUGUGUGUGUGUGUGUGUGUGUGUGUGUGUGUGUGUGUGUGUGUGUGUUAGCUGUCUGCUCUGAUUCAGAGUGAGAAUGAGAGCUGAUGUGGCAAAGUGGCUCCGAUAAAUAAAAAAAACUACCUACCGCCUGAGGGUCGGCCACUCAAAUAAGAAAGAGGGUUUUUUUUAUUGCUGAAAUGUGUCACGCAGAAGAGUAUUAAUUGAAAGGUGUGUGUGUGUGUGUGUGUGUGUGUGUGUGUGUGUGUGUGUGUGUGUGUGUGUGUGUGUGUGUGUCUGUCACUUUGUCAGAGCAGAUUAAGGCUACACCUCUCUGGGUCAUGUCACUCCGAUUGACCUAGAUUUGAUGAAAUAAAUCGGCCACCGGAGGAAAAUGUGUGUUGGAGAGCUGUCGUCACCACGAUGCACGCCUCUUAGACAAACCCGCUCUCUGCAGUGAAGUGAAGCUCCGCGGCGCUGCUUAGCUCAUCGUAAGGCCACACCUGCUCCAUAACCCCGAUGAACACCUUCCCUUCCUUCUCUGCGCCUCCACCCAACACACCAACCAUCCAGUCAGUGUGUAAGCCCUGUCUGAGGGCCCCGUGGAGGAUGAACGAUGUGCCCACACUCGACUAUGAGUUGCUGCUGUCCCCGGCCAGCUCCUCCCUCCCCGGCGGCCCUGGCGGCGGCAGCAGCAGUCCGCCUUUGGCGCUGGUCGGGGUGGACGCCGAGCAGCGCACCGCCUUGGCCUUCGUAGGCCUCCUCAUGCUCUUCCUGGUCUUCCUGCUGGUCAGGUGCUUCAGGAUCCUGCUGGACCCCUACAGCCGCAUGCCCGCAUCAUCCUGGACUGACCACAAGGAGGGGCUGGAGAGGGGUCAGUUUGAUUACGCUCUGGUGUAGGGUGGAAAUCUGCUCCCUGACUUUCAAAAGCAGUUUAGAAGCAGAGACGGCGGUGCGUAUUGUUGUGUAACUCGUGUUGUUGGAGUGAAGCCUGGUCGAUCACUGUGUACUAGAGUAAAUACACUACCAUUCAAAAGUCUGGGCUCACUCAGAAAUGUCCUUAUUUUUGAAAGAAAAGCAGUUUUUUUUUCAAUGAAGAUGACAUUAAAUGAAUCACAAAUAUAGUCUAGACAUUGUUAAUGUGGUAAAUGACUACAGGAGGUCCUCGACUUACAUCAGAGUUCCGUUCAUACGAUGUGACGUAAGUUGAUUUUCACCGUAAGUCGGAACUCUGGUGAAAAUGUAAACAAAACCGUUACUGCAUCACGAUAUCAAUCAGUUUACAUAUUUGUACAACUACAGUAAUGAGAAACAGUCAUUACCUCACACUGAAACACAACUGGGUGGAAAAUACCGGCUAAAAUGUAAACUAAGUCCGACUUAGGCUGGGAGCCAUAAUGUUAGUGGACGCAGCAUAAUCCAGUGUGGCGGUAAAUGGAAACAAAGCCGUCUUAUAUCGCCGCACGAUGACUGAACAUACAGUAUUCAUCCACCCCACUCGCCAACUAGUUCCCCUGAACCAGUUCUGACGUACGUUAAACCGAGGACUGGCCCGUAAUCAGUUCCAAUGUAACGGCAAAACAACGGAAGUCGAGGAUGUCGUAAGUCGAGGACGUUGUAAACUGAGGACCUCCUGCAGGAAACAACUGAUUUUUAAUGGAAUAUCUCCAUAGGGAUACAGAGGAACAUUUCCAGCAACCAUCACUCCUGUGUUCUAAUGCUACAUUGUGUUAGCUAAUGGUGUUGAAAGGCUAAUUGAUGAUUAGAAAACCCUUGUGGCGUUAUGUUGGCACAUGAAGUUUCAUGGAGAACAUGAAAUCGGCCAAACUUUUGAACGGUAGUGCACGAGGCUGCAGGACUGUCGGUGUGGCUCAACUCCCUGCAAACACUCACCAAAACCCAGACGCUGGACCACGAAGGACAGAAACAAUGAGCUGCGCAGCUGCCUUAACCUGACCUCCUGCAACAGUCACCACAGAAUCACUUCAGGGCUCCAAAACUCCCCAGCUUUUAAAACACAGUAUGAUUUUAGGAGCAGCGUGGUUUUUGUCAGACAGAACAUAAGGAGUUUACACCGAAGCAGACGCCCCUUUAACAAACCAUUAAAGUGCUGAUCCAGGAGCACAAACACUCGCUUUUUUUCUGAUACUCGAGCAGCACUAGACUUCCAACAUGCUUUGAGCAGGUAGUUUGUCUCCACGAAAUCUUGUCUGUGUACAUUUUGUGUGUUACUGUGUCUAUAACUGAGAAGCCAUAUUGAAACUAUAUAACCCCUGCAAGUAGAGUUUACGUUCCCCGGUCGUGUCCUUCGCCGUAGUCGGCCUGCAGAGUGUGGUGAUGAAGCAAACAGCAACCUUUAGGCGAGAGAAAGCUUUAUUUUUCUAUUCUCGACUCGAGUUUUGGAGUCUCCUUUUUGCUAUCUUUUUCUCUCUUCCUCCUCCUGUGUCGAUCUUUAGACUGUGGGUUUUUUGAGGUAGUCUUGCAGCCCAGGAGGCAAAGCAGGUAGCUUUGCUUUUUCUUGUGUUUUGUAAUUGCAUAUUUUUCUGAAGUCUUUGCUUUGUUUUUUGAUAAACUGGGUCGAAACAGUGAAAAUAGUGAGUACUUCAGAUUUACUCUUCUCUGAUUUCCACUGAUGACUGGACUGGAAAUUAAAUAAAAAAAGGACUUCCUGC